AGUCAGAAACGACAAACAUCAGACGAGACCCAUAGAGCAGUAUUGGACGCGUGUUUAAGAGGCAACGAACGACAAGCGCGAAAAAAUACACCAAAACACUGUUGUUGGCUGGCACAAGGCCCCCACAAGAAACACACCACAGAAGAAAAAAUCGAACGAAAUUUCUAUUCAAACAAAUUUUGUUUUGUUUUCUAAGCAUCGACAUUUUGUCCAAAUAAUUCAAUGUCGAUUUGUGCUUCUUCUAUUUUCUUGGUUGUUUGGUGUAAUGAACGCAUGUCGCGCGAAUCUGGCAACAAAAAAUUCGGAAAUUUUGAGCGAAACCCCAAAUCAAAAUUGUUUAGAAUUUAAUCACGAUCACGAAAUCAAUCAGUUUUGAAAGUAAAAAAAAAGAAAAAUCCAAAUAAAAUCAUUUACCCACUAUCGAGUUGUGGGCUCUGUUGAUCGACGGAUUUCGGAUGUGUUCAAAACGUGCAAAAAAGUGCUAAAACUAAAUAGAAUUGUUUACUAAUUUUCUUUUUGUGUUUAGUUUUUUUUUGUCUUCCACUCGACAACAAAAUUGUGAGGAAGCAAAUUUGGUGUAAAUUAUCGGCCCUGCCCAAAUGUUGUUGACUUGAAAAUUUGCGCGCAAACUAAAAAUUUUAUCGAAGUAAAACUGAGAAGAAACCAAAAAAAAAAAAAUAGUAAUUGUGUCCUUGUGAGUGUCUAAAGUUGCCGAAAAUAGUGAAAUAACUACAAACACAUAAUGCAAAAUAAAUCCCAAAAAUAACAAAAAAUGAGUUUAAGCUGCAGUUUUGUAAAAAUAUUAGCUUAAGAGACAAAAGUGCCAAACAAAAAGCCAGAAAAUUGUUUAUCUCUUUAAUGAAAGCAAAAACCCAUCAACGAAACGGAAAUAAUAAUAAUUGCCUGCUUAGGUAGCUGCUGUUGCCGCGGACGACGACGACAACGACAACAAAGAGAAAAGAGGCAAAAUCGAUUGCGGCUAACCGAGACAAGACAAGCGGCUAACAAGCAUUUACCACAACUACCUAACCAAAACCUUAACCAAAUUCAAACUUCAAAAGUUGAAACCAUUAGCGAAUCAAUGCCCCCGUCAGCGUACCGCAACGACGAGAGUGACGGACGGGCCUAGCAUAAUAAUUACAGGCGUGACAAUUGUCUACUGGAAGUGGACAAAAUAAGAAAUUCUUUGGCGAAUUCUGCAAAAAAAAUUUGCAACGAAUAAGUGUAGAGUUGCCAGACCUAAAAGCGCCUCCCUUCCACCGUUCCAUAUAACAACAACAGCAACAAUUAAUUCGCCCUCACCAUGGUAGCGGAGGCGGAAAGUUUAUUGGCUCCCCUUAGCAACCGCACCCACACUAGGGCACCUUCUUCCACCUCGACAGCGGAAAUUGUGGAAUCAUCGCCCUGCUGUUGUCACCACCAUCUCGACGAACAACAGCCUUCGACCAGUGCCUCGGCGACAUUGCGUUCCAAUACAUCCGACUCAUGGUCAUCCUAUUCGUGUAAUAUAAGCCAACGCAAUUGUUGCCCCUCCUGCGAUCCCCAUUUCAAUGUCUACAGCGACAAUGCUGUGGCCGAGUCAUAUAGUUUUCUACCUGCCGCCACCAGGCCAGCAUCAACAUCGCCAGGCGAUGGCCUUGCCACCAAUGGCUAUGCAUCGGAGGAUGAGGACAGUGUGCUGCGUUACUCCUUCAAAGGCAUACCGCCCGAAUUGUAUUCGGCCAAAAAGGAAUUCAUCUACCGUAGACCCUUGGUUGAAAAACAGCUUGUCCUUAAGAAAACUUGCGAGUGGUGGUUUUACCGCAAUAAAUGCAGCAACAUGUCAACCCAUUGGAAACAUAACGCAUUUCUCAUCCUAACCACCUGCCUAUUCAUAGUCCUUGGCCUCAUUAUAUUCUUUUCACUGCCAGCCAAGGACACAAUCACCAACAAAUCUUCACAACACAAAAAUACCGCCAGUAAUUGGUCAACAACAACGACAAGUAUAACAAUAACAACUCCUUCCUCAGUGGGGAUAACAUCGACGUCGACGUCAACGACAUUUGCUCCAUUAAUAAUAACACCAACAACGACGUCGGCGACAACAUCAACAACAACAUCGGCAAUAAAACAUAUUUUAGACGAAAUAAAUGGAAGCAUUGACGACGAUGAUAUAGAUGAUGGCCAAACUAUUGACAGAGGUGGAGAUGUCAUCGAUAUUACCGGAAUCACCUCAUACAACGUAAAUCAGACCUUUGAGGGUGAUGAAGAGCCCUGGGGUGUAGGAGAUGACCUCUCCAAUGAUAUAGAGAAUGAUAUCGAAGAUAUUAGCCAUAGUAUACCAGAUGAUUAUACCAGUGAUUUUGUGACACCGAUAAAAUUUCAUAAUUUUACCUUGAGUGCCGAUGAUUUGUUGUACGAAUCAAAAAGGAAUUUAAAUAAUAGCCAAAAAGAUUAUUUUUCAGCCUAUAGUGGAACAGGUACAUUUCGCAGUAAAUCUAGUCAAAUCUGGGAUCCACAUCCGGAGUAUAUAUUUACAGCAUUCGGCAAGCGUUUGCAUUUGGUAUUAAGUCAAGAUACCUCAUUUAUACCACCAAAAACAUUUAGGGUCAUUAACAUUUUAAAUAAUCGCUCGGAAGAAGUGGAUCUUGAAGAAGGACAUUACUUGGGCUGUUACUACAAAGGUCAUGUGGAUGGUGAUGAUCAAUCAGCAGUGGCGGUUUCGCUUUGUCAUGGUAUGACGGGUUAUAUCAAAACAAGUUUCGGUUCUUUGCUCAUACAACCGGUGAACAAUCAAACGCAAGAUUCGCUGGGGCCCAAUGCCUCCGCAACGUCUGACAUCGUUCACAAAGUCUGGCGGCAUUCACGACGCAAUGCCAGACAUGCUGUCUCCGCUCUUGACAUCGAUUUGGAUGAAAUAGAGCAGAGCAUACUGCCCAAGUUGAGGCGCAAGAAGCGUAACUUCGAAAGCAAUCAGUACACCAUCGAACUGCUGGUGGCCGUCGACCGCACCAUGAAGGAGUUCCACAAGGAGAAUUUGACCUCGUACAUACUCACCCUUAUAUCGAUUGUGUCGAAUGUCUUUGCUGACGCUACCAUUGGAAAUCCCAUUAAAAUAUCGGUGGCCAAUAUUCUGGUAUUGCAAGAUUUGAAACGUCAGCGUCGCAAAAAUGGUGCCUCAAAUCAGACUGUCUUGGAGUCGUUCUGUUCUCAAGUAGCCUCAAAUGGUUAUCACUACGAUACGGCGAUGUUAAUAACAAGAAAUAAAAUAUGUCGCAAAGAUCGAGAAACCAAAUGUGAUACUUUGGGUCUGGCAGAACUGGGAACUGUGUGCCGUAGGAAAUCAUGCUCUAUUGUACAGGAUAAUGGUUUGCCAGCGGCGUUCACCAUAGCUCAUGAACUGGGACAUAUCUUAAACAUGCCCCACGAUGAUGAUUAUCGUUGCAAACAAUUCAAUAAGCCUGGUGUCAAGAGACGUCGUCACAUUAUGUCCAGUGUUAUGGAAAGAGAUAUUCAUCCCUGGUCAUGGUCGGAUUGCUCUAGAUACUAUGUUUCGGAAUUCUUUGAGAAAGAAGACAUCUCUUGCCUGGAGGAUACACCCACGAAAUUUCUGCCCAACUAUAAUACCAAGCAACCUGGUCAAAUUUAUACCCUGGAUCAACAAUGUCAACUAAUUCAUGGCAAUGAAUCGGUUCACUGUCCCAAUGGAGUUGACUGCAAACAUUUAUGGUGUAAGAGUAACACGAAUUGUCAUUCCAGCAAUUUGCCAUGGGCCGAUGGUACGCCUUGCAACGAUGAUCGUUUCUGGUGCAUGAAAGGUGAAUGUGUGCCCCGUGAUGGUCAUAGGCCUGUGCCCAUCCAUGGCGGUUGGGGUACAUGGAGCGAAUGGAGUGCUUGCAGUUUAACCUGUGGCGGUGGUGUCCAGGAGAGUCAGCGAGAGUGUAAUCAACCCUUACCACAAAAUGGGGGAAAAUAUUGCAUAGGCGCUCGCAAGAAAUAUCGUUCGUGUAAUACUCAAAACUGCCCUCCAGGUUCAAUGGAUGCGCGAGAGCAGCAGUGUUAUCAAAUGAAUGGACGACGAUUUGGCAUUAAGGGUAUUGGACCCGAUACCAAAUGGAUACCGAAAUAUGGAUUAUCAACAAAUGACAAGUGCAAUUUGUAUUGCCGCGGUGAAAGUCGGAACACAGGCUAUUUUCGUCUAGCCGAGAAAGUCAUCGAUGGCACCACAUGCUCUUUUGAUACAUUCGACAAAUGCAUCAAUGGUGUUUGCCGGCCGGCUGGUUGUGACAACGAACUCAAUUCUAUUGCCAAACUGGAUAAGUGUGGCAUUUGUGAGGGUCGCAAUGACACAUGCGAAGAUGUUUCGGGCAAUUUCUAUGUCUCCGAUUUGCUGAAGGUGCCAAUACCCAGUGAAUAUUCGUUCCAUGUUACCACAAUACCCAAAGGCGCUUCUAAUAUUGUAAUCGAACAACCUGGAAACCACGAUGAAAACUAUAUUGUAUUGCGAGAUGAUCAAGGAAAGUCGCUGAUGAAUGGUGAUCAUUUGCUGACAGCCUACCACAAUAUAAGCUACUAUGCAGGAGUUGCGUAUGAAUAUAAUGGUUCAAACAGCACGGUUGAGAGAGUCAAUACCACCUACACGAAAAAACUGAAAAGGGAUCUAAGAGUUGAGAUCAUUUCAUUGCCUUCUCACAACCAAAGGGAUAACGACACCCUGCUCUUGACCUAUUCAUAUACAAUUGAAAGAAAGAAUUAUGUGGAUCAAAAUAUAGAAGUCUAUCGCUGGGACAUGCAGGAAUGGAGCACUUGUGACUCUCUGUGCCAAGGUAGCAUGCAUCGCCUGCCAGUGUGUAUUAGCGCUACCAAGGGUUUGCAAGUGGCACCGCAAUUCUGUGAUAUGCAAUCCAAACCACCAACCGAAUACAGAGCUUGUAAUACGGAUUGUGUACUAAGUUUAAACGUUACUGGUGCAUCGGAAUGUUCUGCCUCCUGUGGAAUGCUGGGAACCCGAGAGUUAACCUAUCAAUGCAUACAAACCUUCAACGACUUUGAUCGCAGCUCGAAUAUUGUGGACCUGAAAUAUUGUGCAGCAAAUUUCAACAUUAAAACCCACGAAGAAUGCCGAGAAGGUUGUUGGAAAUACACCGAUUGGAUGCCGUGCUCACGUUCUUGUGGUUAUGGAGUUCAAACCCGCAGUGUGGCCUGUUACUACAACAAUUCAUUUGCGCACGAUGACUAUUGCAAUGCCAAGUUCAAGGCAAAUUUACAUGAGAUAACUCGCAUCUGCAGUGUGGAGCCCUGCCAACCCUACUCGACAACAGAAAGUGCAUUGAAAUCUUCUCGUUCUUUACUAAACAAUUGGUGGGCCGGCGAUUGGGGCGACUGCAAUGAUAAGUGUGAAAAAAAUCGCACUGUCAUCUGUCGCAGUCCCCAAGGCAUAGGCUGUGCCGUCGACCGAAAACCCAUAACCAGAAGGAAAUGUUGCACCAUCAAAUAUGUUUCCAAUUGGUCAAGCUGUUCGGUUCAGUGUGGCAACGGCACACGCCACAAGGAAAUGAACUGUGCCCGUGUCUAUAAGCCCGAGAUCAAAGGUACACCCCGGCGCCGAGAAUAUAUCGAUACCAAUUACUGUCGUCAUUUGCGCGUGCCCAAACCAAAACGUUCUCAUAAACCCUGUAAGGUCAGCUGCAAAUGGGCCGUUUCGAACUGGUCCCAGUGCCCGGCCGAUUGCAGUGAUGAUUAUCAAUCCCGUUCGGUGUAUUGUGAAUCGAUAGCUGGCAAUCCCAUAAACCACACAUACUGCGAUGCUUCGAAGAAACCGCCUGUACAGAAGAUUUGUAAUAAUUGUGUCAAAAGGGAAUUGAAACUGUCAAAUUGUCACUGCAAAGGUUACCGCAGGAAGAGUGUGUAUUGCUACGAUUCUCGCCGCCAAAGAGUUGACUGUCCCACCAAAGUCAAGGAGGUUCGAGAAAAAUGUCGACCGCCGCCGCACUGUAAGCCCGCACCCAUGUACCAGAGAAAUUUGAUGCAGUACCCCACAUCCUGUUACGAGAUACAAAAAUAUCAAAACGACUACAGAGACGGCGAAUACAGGUUGUAUGUGCGAUCAAUGCCAGUGCAGAUCUAUUGUCACGGCAUGGACACUGCAGCGCCUAAGGAAUUUGUUACGCUCAAUGCCACCGAAAACUAUUCGAUUUACUAUGAUCACAAGACCCAAACACCUGAUCAAUGCCCACCCGAUUCAAGAUUUCGUGAAUACCGAGAUAAUUCACUGAGAUCAGGGCGCACAACAUUCCAAAGGAUACGCAUUGAUAUUGUGACGCUGCGAGUAUUCGAGGAUGAUUACACCUAUGCCGAAACGCUAGGCCAGCCUCAGCCAUAUGGAUCGGCUGGAGAUUGUUAUAAUCGGCGGAAACAAUGUCCGCAGGGAGAUUUCUCCAUAAAUCUGAAGCAUACAGGAUUUCGACUGAGACAUGGUGCCGUAUGGGAAGCAUACGGUUUCCAUGUGGUCAUAAAGGAAUCAUCAUCGAAUACCGAAAUCUCUCAUCGGGCAUUUUGUGGCGGCUGGUGUGGAGGCUGUCGGAUAUCAAACAAAUCACCCCUCUAUCUGACUGUGUGAUAAUCUGACGCUGACAGCGUGGAAAUCUCAGCCCUGCUUAUUUGAAUUUGUAUUUGUUUGGUGCUAAAAACAAACUGCUGUUUUCGAUUUACUACCAUGUGCUGAACUACAACCGGCGAGUGAAGUUCAAGAGGGGAAAACUGCGAAAGAAAUCGAAAUUUGUAUUUUAUGCAUUUAUUCCUUGAUAUAAAGUUCCUUUUGGUCUUUUUAAGGAUUUUUACACACACACAUACAAUUAAACUGAAACUAACUUUAGAACGGAAAGCCGAGAUACAGAGAGAUGACGAAGAAAAAAAAUCCGUGCAAAAAGGAAUUUUGGGGAUUUUUAAACAAAACAGAAAGUGAUAAAGAAAAAACAGAAACAGAAAAACAAA